UCCUGUUUCCUGCUCGCCGUACCGUCAUCGACGACCUCUUGAAUUCACGAGAACAGUAGACCCAGAGGGUUAGUAGGUAGUGGUAUCCGCUACCUUAGCCAGACAGAGCAGGAUGGGCAGAACGGAUGACUGUGGAGACGAGGAGUAUAACCGCGUCCUCUCCGAAGAUCGACUCCUACCGGAUGAGGAUUGCUACGAUGAUAAGCAGCCCAUUCGUCCGCACGAGGGACGAAGCACACGGAAAUUCCGACCCAUCUAUUUCCAUGUUGUCCUGAUCUUGGUGUAUUCCGCCAUCUACGUAGGCCUUCUCCUUCGAACUUUCAGUACCAGGCCCCCUGAUGCAAAUCCUUCGGUACCCCAACCGAGGCCACCACAUCGCCUUCCGGCCCGCGAAGGACUCAUUUGGGAGGAGCGAAAAUUCCCGACAGAAAUCACCAAUAACGCUUUUGCUGGGGACCCUCGGCCAGAACUGGAUGAGGCAUGGCAUCACCUGUUGCACAACGACAAUAUACUCGUACCCAAGGAGUACCUCGAUGAGCGCAACUUGACCUCCAUCUACACCAAAGACGGAACGCAUGGGGUCGCUUCCCUCAGCACCUACCACGCUUUGCACUGCCUGAAAAAGGUCAAGAGAAUGCUCUUCAAGACGUAUUACCAUGAUGGCAAGUCUGAAGAAGCCAUGGCGCGGGAGAUCAAACACGUUGACCACUGUGUCGAGUAUAUCCGCGAGGCACUCAUGUGCCAGCCGGACCUCUCGCUCGUCACAUUCCGUUGGAUCAACGACACGGCCCAGCACGAGGACAAAUCUGCCUUCUAUCCCACCAAUUUUGACGUUUCCCUGCACACCUGUGCAAAGUGGGAGCCGUUAGAUCAAUGGGCAGGCGCACGCAGGUUCGAUUUGUUUGACGUGGAUUUGCUUCAGAGACCGGUGGCGUCUGUCGGCCCGGCUUGAGUGUCGGAGGUGGCCCCGUCUGGUGGCAUUCAUCAAACGUGUCUGAAGGUAAGGCCCGGGAGUCUGGCACAAACGCCAACUUACAGAUACCUACUAAGAAGCUGCUGUCGAGUUUGUCCUCGUGAUGAAUAUGAGGAUGAGAUUCAGAAGAUCUAUACCUAAGCAGGGUG